AUGUAUUCGCAACACUCCAACAUGGCGCCUCAAAAACCGGAAACUUUCAUGCUCAGCACUGAAGCCCAGCAAGCUCUACCACACGAUGCUCAGGUUGCUCUUCAGCAGGUAGACAACUUGAAAUACUUCCUCAUCUCUGCUCCCGUAGAUUGGCAGCCAGAGCAGUAUAUUCGGCGUUUUUUGCUACCAACCGGCGAAUACGUAUCUUGCGUCUUGUGGAACAAUUUGUUCCACAUCUCUGGCACGGAUAUUGUACGAUGUUUGUCCUUCCGAUUUCAGGCCUUUGGACGCCCCGUCAAAAACUCCAAAAAAUUCGAGGAGGGCAUCUUUUCCGACUUGCGAAACCUCAAAUCCGGCACCGAUGCAUCGUUGGAGGAACCCAAGAGCGGAUUUCUCGAUUUUCUCUACAAAAACAACUGCAUCCGAACACAGAAGAAGCAAAAAGUCUUCUACUGGUACAGCGUCCCGCAUGAUCGACUGUUCCUAGACGCCUUGGAACGGGACUUGAAGCGCGAGAAGAUGGGCCAGGAAGCUACUACCGUCGCAGUCAGCGAGCCGGCCGUGUCUUUCCAGUACGACUCGUCUCAGUCCUUGUAUGAACAGCUCACGAAAACGCAGCAAGCCAACUCGUCGUCCUUUAAUGCGCAGCAGUCAACGUCCUUUUCUCAAAGCCAGUCAACAUCCCCCAUAAUACGAGCGAUGGAUUCGAUGCCGCCGCCCAGCAUGCUGCCCCAGACCAUGGCCGCACCUCUGGCAGAAGCGAUGGAACCCAUGGUUUCGUACGACCAGAUGCCGCUGGCAGCUGCCCCUGUACCUCAGCAGAUCGCGCACGUCAAGAGAGAGGCUGAUUUCACCCGCGUUCAGUACAACCAGAACGGGGUUCCCAUCGCCCUUGGUCAACAAAGACAUUCCUCAAUGCCCGCCUAUGGCCUCGAAUAUUCGCCCGCGCCGUCCUUCGUAUCCUCCCAGUACGAGGAUUAUAACGCUCGAGGCAUUUCCUUUGAACCCAUCACGCCACCCCAGCAAGCGCUCGGCAUGACGGGAGAGCCAGCAUAUAUCGCCAAUGAGGAGACUGGCUUGUACUCUGCCAUUCCUGAUCAUCUUUCAGGAAUGAACGGCUUGAACGGUAUGGUCCAACUGCCAACGUCAAACCUAGCAGGGUCUCAGUUCAACCGCUCCUAUGGCACGAAUAACGUUUACUCCGUGAUUGAGGGCUCACCCACUUACAAACAGAGACGGCGCCGAUCCUCCAUUCCGCCAUCCAUGUCGGCAGUAGCCAGCGCCCCCGUCUCCAACACUGUUAUUCACCGGCCUUCUGACCUGAGGCGUUCAGUCUCUGCUUGUGUCGGACCAGUCGCCGAACGUGAGGAGUCGGUCGACAAUUCUCCUCCAGGUCUUUCCUACAGCGCAUCCGGCAUGUCCAUGGCCAGCCAGCAACACAAGGAAAUUAUCGACUUGUCCCGGCACGGAACUCCUCUGUCGAAUGUUGACGGAAGCCCGGCUUUGAAUUCCUUGGGUCUGCAGCAGGGCUUCGGGGAAGAGCUUUCCCAUGAGGGCGCCUUCAAAGUCCACCGACGGACCUUUUCUGGACCCAACGGCGUAGUGCGCCGUGCACGCUCAGCCACCGCGAUGGAGCUCGGACCUUACCCUCACAAGUCUCACUCAUGCCCCAUACCUACGUGCGGCCGGCUCUUCAAGCGCUUGGAGCAUCUGAAGAGACACGUUCGAACCCACACGCAGGAGAAGCCGUACAUCUGUCCCCAUUGCAGCAAAGCUUUCUCGCGAUCCGAUAAUCUUGCACAACAUAAACGCACACAUAGUCGCGAGGACGGUGGCGAAGGGUCAUUCAAUCUCUCCGGCGAGGAAGAGGAAGAGUUUUCUGGGGAAGACCAACUCGGCUCUCUUGAGGAAGCUUCUCCUUCUGACGCUGCCUAUGUUUCCACAUCUCUGAAUGGUGCGGCCAACGACGCUAUGUCUUGCUCCAGCCACGGUAACAACUCCCACAGGAUGAGUCAAGCUCAAACGUUCAACAAUUUGCAAACACUCGGCAUGCCUAUGACCAUUAGCCAUCCGGCUACGAUUAAUGCGAGCGGCGUCAUGUGA